AGUCAGUUUUUCCCCAUCGGAACAAUUCCAAAAUCGUCACAACAAAGUAAUUUUUCUAGAAGCUAAAAUGAAGCUAUCGAUUCGCACACUCGACCAGCGUGUCCUCAGCCUUGAGAUGGACGAGCGGCAGAAUGUGCUGGCGCUGAAGGAGAGGCUGGUCAGCAUGCCGGAGGUCUCCCAGCCCGUCGAGAAUCUACAAUUGAUCUACUCGGGCCGCAUCUUGGAGGAUGGCUUGCCCCUCAGCGAGUACAAGAUUGAGGAGAACAAGUUUCUGGUGCUGAUGGGCAAGCAGCGGGUACAACAAGUACCGCCACAGGCACCACAAGAGAAGAAGUCGCAGAAGCCAGAACAGACGGGAACGGUGCCAAGAAUGGCGCCUGCUGGCGUUGCUGCCGCUACAGCUGCUGGCAGCUCUGGGAAUCCACCGCCCUCGCUGUCACCAAACGCUGAGACGGUCCAGCAUCUGAUGAGCAUGGGCUACGAGGAGGAGUCAGUGCGUGCCGCUCUCCGUGCCAGCUUCAAUCAUCCGGAGCGUGCCAUCGAGUAUCUGGUCUCGGGCAUGCCAACACAGGCCACAGCGUCACAGGGCGGCAGCGGUGCAUCAUCAGCGUCGGUCAGCGUUAGUCCAUCGGUGGCCGAAGCGGCCCUAAAUCUGGCACCUCUGAUGUCCGAUCCGCGCUUUUUGCUGGUGCGCGAAAUGAUACGCCAGAAUCCCGAAAUGCUGGAGGCGGUUCUCGCUCAGAUCCGCACCUUAAAUCCUGAUGUCUUCGAGGCCAUACGCAACAACCAGGAGGAAUUCAUCGAGAUGAUGAACCGCGACCAAAACGACGCCGCAGAGUUCCCACAGCUGGCGGAGGGCGGGCAGCAGGCAGAUUUAACAGCCGAGGAGACGGCUGCCGUGGAGCGUUUGAUGGCAUUGGGCUUCCAGCGCGAACUGGCCGUGCAGGUCUACCUGGCCUGCAACAAGAACGAAGAGCUGGCCGCCGAUGUGCUCUUCCGCCAGUCCGAGGAGGAUCAGUAAGCCUCCGCUCUGGCUCUGGUGUCUGUGGAUCU